AUGAUGAUUGGAGAAUAUGAACAGUCACAUCAUCGUUUAAACAAUACAUUUUCAAACUGCAGUAACAAUAAUAAUAAUAGUAAAAUAGAUGAACUGUCUACAGAAUCAUGUCAGCUGUUGAACUACCCUACACAACUGGUCGAUAAUAACAAUAAUGCAACAAUUAAAACUUUGACACAUUUCACUCCAUCUAUCAAUCGUCAUCAUCAUGACCAGCAUACUACAUUAACAAGUGAACAAGUGAAUUUCAAUAUAGAACCUAAUUCUGAAUACAGUCAUAGUCUGUUAGACAGUCAAACGAAUCAUCAUUAUGGACUAUUAUUUUCUUCCAAUCCUCAUAAUAAUAAUUCUACUUAUGGAAAUUUGUCCACUAAUCCAUCACAUUACAAAACUAAUUCAUCACAUUAUACCAUAAAUCCAAUAAAUUAUCCUCUUGUCACAUUGAAUAGUAAUAACAGUCAUAAUAAUUCAUUCAGAUGUGCAAAUUCUUUCAUUCCAUUAAUUCAGUCAAAUCAUUAUCUAUCGUCUACAUCAUCACCAUCGUCAUUGUCAACUUCAACAACGAUGACGACGACGUCAACAACAGUAGCAGCAGCAGCAGAAACUGCAGUGACAGCAUCACUAUCGGCUGAAACUAAUCUAUGCGAUCCAAUUGAAUUUUCAUUAAAUUGUCAAUUUGUACAACCGACAACAGAAGAGUUUAUCAGUGCAUCAUUACCCAAUGAAACGGAAUUGAUUAAAACAUCUGUAUUACGUCAUCUUGAUCAAUAUUCACAGUUUGUAAAUCAAUCACCAUUUCAAACAUUAGUACAUCAGUUAGUAAACAAUACCGCUACCACUACUACUUCUUCUACUCCUAUUCAUGAUAAUAAUAAUAAUAAUGAUAAUGGUAGUGAGCAUAACUGUAACACCACUCUAUCAGCUCCUAUGAUUGAUGAUGACUUAAUGGCAUGUCAUAAGAAUAUUUCAUCAGAUCAUGAAUUUCUAACAUCAUCAACAACAUCAUUGUAUCAUUAUCAUCAACAUAUGCCAGAAAGUGAACUUUUGAAAUUGGAAACAUUAAAUGAUAACGAAGAUGAUACUACUACUUAUUUACAUCAACAGAAAUCACAACAACAAAGACAACAAUUCCGACAAUUAUUAGAACCAAAUGAUGAAUAUAAUACAUAUCUACACAAUACACAACAAAUUACAUUCAAUCAUUUGAAAUCAUCAUAUCCUGAAAAUUAUAUUUCCAAUGAACAAGCAUUGAUUCCAUCUUCGAUUUUACUACCUUCGGUCACGACGGGUGGAUUCGACGUACCAAUUAAUUGGACACCAGAUAAAGUAAAUCUGUUAUAUCCAGAUGAAGUGUCACAACAUCAUCAUCAUCAGUCUACUACUAAGUAUUUAACAUCGACAAAUCAUUUCACAUCAACUCCAUUGUCAUCAGAAGCUAAUUUUGCUAAUCGUCAAAUAGAUUAUUUGAAUAAUAUUGCCUAUAAUAGCCCUGAUAUAUUGCAUAAUACAACACCACAUCGUUUGUUAACUACAGACGGUAAACAACAUGUGACAAAUAUACCCAAUGACAAUAAUAGUAACAGUAAUAAUAUUUACUGUUUGCCAGUUUCCACAUCAGUCACUGCUACUGCUACUACUCCUAGCACAACAAGUGAGCAUUCAGUCAGUAUUUUCGAUCAAACUCAACUUAUUUUCGAUGGGUCCUCUUCAACUUCAUCAGCUGCAUCGAGAUCAUCAGGUUCACUUGGCAAUGUAUCAUCAGAUAAUAAUAAUAAUAAUUCUAGCAAAAAGCCUCAUUGUCUAUUGAAUGAAUUUCAGACUCAUUUACAAAGUACACUGAAUAAAAACACUUCCAAGAAAUCAGAACUUCUUAUCAAUACACCAAUAUCUUAUAUAACUAAUAACAAUUUUCAUAUAACAUCACCAUCAUCGCAUAAUAUAUCAAUAGAAAAGACUGAUAAAUGUAUAAAUCCUGAUUCAAAUAAAUCAUCCGUUGACAUUGAACAGACAAUAAAUGAAAAAACUAAAAAUGACAGACGUAAACAAACAGAAGCAUCAACAGCAACAACAACAACAACACCAACCAAUCCUACAACUCCUGUAUCAUUGAAACGUACCAAAUCAAUGAUACAGUCGGAUUCAACAACGGCAUCGUUGAAACUUGAACGAUCAAGUACACAACAACACUCACUAUCAUCAUUACGUAAACGUGGUCGUUAUUCUCGUGUGAAACAAGACGCAACAGGUAUGGAUAAACAUCAUUUUACCAAUACAACAAUGAAUGAAUUACAAACUUCACAGUCAACAAUGAAAACCAUAGUAAUGAAGUCAAAUGUAUGCGAUGAUACAAGUAGCAGUACAGAUGAUGAAUCUGAUUCAGAUAAUGAUGAUAUUGAAGAGGCUAAAGAGGAACAUGUUCUUGCACCUGGUACACAUGGCCAAUGUUUAUUAUGGGCAUGUAAAGCAUGUAAAAAGAAAACAAUGCAAAUUGAUCGUAGAAAAGCUGCGACAAUGCGUGAACGACGCCGUUUGCGUAAAGUGAAUGAAGCAUUUGAAACAUUGAAAAAACGUACAUGUACCAAUCCUAAUCAACGUAUGCCAAAAGUGGAAAUUUUACGUAAUGCUAUAGAUUAUAUUGAAAAUUUAGAAGAUAUGUUACAACAGAAUGGUGUUCUACCAAUCGGCAUGACACCGUUAACAUCAGCAUUGAAUAUCAUUGCUACAUCACAAAAUGAUGCGAAUAAUAAUAGUAGUAUUGUCAAUAAUAACCGUGUAACUCAAGGCAAUUCAUCGACAGUAACAACUUCCGUAAAUAGUUUAAACAAUAAUCAUCAACAUCAUCCUCAUCAACAUCAACAUCAUUCGAACACAUCGGCGAAACAAUCGAAAAUAACAAUGAACACUAAAUAUGGUAAAGAACGAAAUGAAACACCUUCAUCAAUGAUGACAAAUCAAUCGAAUCUAUCUAACAAUCAUCGAUGCCUACUACCUUAUAAUACAUGUUCACAAGAUAAUUCCAAAUUAACCAAUUUGAGAUGUGAUUUCAUUCUGGAAAAUGGAAAUAAACAUGAUUCCACGGAUUCUCUUACAGAUUUAUCACUUGGUAGUUUACCAACAGAAUGUCGAGCUGAAGAUCAUUUGAAUACAAUGCAAAAUUCUCUGUGUUCUUUCAUUCCCACAACAGAAGAUUCUAAAUUAAUCGAUUUUAACAAUAAUUAUUCACAGACAACCACAUGGAAUAUGUGUACACCCUAUGAAACAUUGAACAUUUUAAAAACUGGUGAUCAAUCACAAACCAUUUUAGUAUCAGACAAUCGAACUGCCUUACGAUGUAAUGAAAGUAUUGUGGUUCCAUUAGCUGGACAUUGA